UUGUCCAAUGAAGCCUAUGCUGUUUUUGUGUCUUUGCUGUUAGCUCAACCACACCAGUAUAUAUUCCCCCAAAAAGCAGACAGAAAGUCGAUAAGAUUGAAAUCGACCAAGGAUGGCCAGAGUCUGGGUUUUUGCGCUGAAGGUUGCUGUCCUUUCGGCUUUGUGUCUUUGGGGUGUCACAGAGGCAGUUGGUGGAGCGGUAAGUCGACCACGGCCCCAAAGAAGACCUAGUAAGAAGCCUAAGGUUGAUCCGAUUGACCUGACCCCACCGCCACAGAACAUCAACAUCCAGCAGAUGACAGGAACUUGGUAUCUGCUGAACGUUGCCUCCAAAUGUUCUCACCUGAUAAAUCAUGGAACCAAAGUGGAGCCCACAGUUAUGACACUCACACUUCAAGACCAGACUAUGCUGGUGAGCACCAAAACACGACAUAAUCACCAGUGCUGGGAGAUUUUACAGAUGUAUACUCGGACCCCGACGCCAGGUCGAAUGACACUCAAAGGAGCCCGUCCAGAGCUCAACACUGAAAUAGUGAUUGCAGAGACUGACUACAGCUCAUACGCUAUCAUCUCCUACCAGAAACAAGGGAAGAUGACCACAAAACUCUACAGCCGGACUGUUGACAAGCUGUCGGAGCCAAUGUUGACCAAGUUUGAGAAGCUGGCGGAGAAGCAAAGUUUGGGACUUGCCUUCCUAUUUCCCUUCCCAACGUACAGUCACUGUGGUGAGGUGGACCAGGACCAUAAAAUCAACUGUAUUCCCACAUGUUGAGGAGCAUGCACCAACUUGCUCAGGUGUUUGAAGGAGUUCAUGUGUGAGAUUACAAAACAAGAUGUAAACAUUUGCAGCAAUAAAGUAAUGCUACUCUCAUGCAUGAGUGUGUGUCGACCGUGAUGGGCUUAACGACUGCAGAAAACAAGGCGAUAUUUGUAUCUAAACAGUAGUAAGCAUUUGUUACAUGACUUUGUGUGUGUGUGUGUGUGUGAGAGAGAGACUAGCUCGGGUGGAGGGGGACGUUGUGAUAAAUUCCAGAUGCUCAGCCUUGUAAGGGGGUGAAGGAGGUUGGUUACAAAACAAAUUUACCUCAUUUGUCUGUGUGUGUUACCUCAGGAACAAGCCGCAGGUCCACUCUUGUCUCACUUCAAACAAAAGACGAAUCACCUGAUCAACUCUUAAGGCCACCAGAUAACAUUCCUGGGUUCACUCAAGUUACGUCCACACAGCCAGGUUAACCUGCCCAGACAGAAUUUUACGAAACCUAUGAAACACUUAGCAAGUUUUAAACCAUGUGUUAUCAGGAAAUGUGUGCAAGUUCUGCGUCCUCUCUUGAUGCGCUGUCUUGUAAAUGUAAAUUGUAUACACGCAGGUCAUAGAAAUACAGGACCCCCUGCAUCCUCAUACUGCUCAUCGCAGUGAGUGCAGUGGUUGUGUUGCAGCAGAGUGAAGAUUCAAGAGGGAUUCCUUCUUCUCAAAUAGGCAAUAUACAUGAUUGUUUUCCUGGUGUUUCAUUCAGAGCUCAUUAGUUUUCUCAUCUGGUUCUCAAACAGGCCUUGGAAGUUUCCACAUGAAUUAUGAACAUUUAUUAAUGGCAAAGCUCAAACAUCUCCAGUGGUCGUGGAAGAUGCAGUUGUCCUGCUUUCACAGGCCAUGAAAAAUGACUUGGCCAUAGUUGGACCUCGGGCCUCGAGUUUGACACAUGAUUUUUUAUAUUGAUUUUAAAUAUCGAAAAUAUUAUAUAUUUUUUACAUUUUUCUAUUGAAACUACUGUUUCAUCGAGUUCUGAUAGCCACCAUAACCAGCGUUUUGGUUCUUUCUUGUCUUCACCCUCCUCCCCCCCUAUACAUGUGCCACUUGUGUAACAGUGCUGAUUUGC